CGGAUUUUUUUUAAUUGAUUGCGUCACUCCAAGAAAAACAAAAUUCUAUCCAUUCUCUUCUCGAAGAGUGUUAUUUUGUCCAAGAUAAACUAAAAAAAAAGUUAUAUAGUUAACUUGUGUUAGUUUCUGGUAGUUGGACGGAGAAGGGAAAAUAGGCAUCUAAUAUGUCCAUUCAAGAAAUCUUGAUGAACUAUAGGUGAAGAUACCAAUAUUGCCAUACAAAACUCUAUGUAUAUUUCCCAGCUUAGAAUUUCCAACAUGGUGGAAGAACUCCAAUCUGCUCUAAUGGAAACGAUUGUGAAGAUCGUGAGGAUAUCAAUCUUCACUUUUCUGAAACAUAUUCAGUAUUUCAGCACCACGACAGUGCUCCUCAUGCUUCCUUUCUCGGCCAUAGUUCUUCUCUCACGACCCCUUUUCACCUCUUAUCAGAUACCAAUAUCGCUCCUCCAUAAUCUAAGUCAAAGAUAUUCUGGCUCAUCAUCAAGAUUCACUUUGUUUCUCAAUCAAAAUUUCUCUCAAAGCUUCUUUUCCUCGAUCUUCAUCAUACCCUUUACUCUUUCAUUUCUUCUCAUGGCAAAAGCUUCAAUAAUUCAAACUCUCAAUCACCACAAACCACCGCCCUUUUCCUCAUGCUUGACCCUUUACAAGCCUCUACUGAAAACCCAUCUCUAUAACAUGGUUCUCAUCAUCUUAAUCAGCAUAACAGGAAUCUUUCUCCUCUUCUUGAUCGCCUUUUGUUCCUUUCCCACUUUUGGAUUCUUUCAGACAAUUUUCCAAACAGUUGGUAGGCUUAUAUUUUACGCCUUUUUAACCCACAUAAUCAUUCAGUCCAACUUCACUUUGGUAGUGGCAGGAAUGGAGAACUGUCAUGGUUACAAAGCCAUAUACAAAGCUAAUCGGUUGCUGAGAAAUGGAAGGAAUUCCAUGGCUCUAGUAUUGGCUUUGUUUACCAAUCUUGGCCUUGCUUCUGUAGACGCCUUGUUCUGUUUUAGGCUUGUGAGAGCUUAUAGUGAUAGAGAUAGAACAAGUCUUUCCAUGGCUUUUGAGGGAAUUUUAAUAGCUUAUAUAUAUUCACUCAUUCUUGUGGUUGACACAAUUACUUAUUGUAUUUUUCUCAAAAGCUGCGAGUUUGAUCUGUUGACAGAGCAUUCAAAUGGGUUUUGUGAUCAGAUUGGGCUUGUUUGAGCUUCCCUUAAGGACCUCUUCCUCGCUACAAACAUUGGAUAAACCAAAGAGCUACCAAGUUACAUGUAAAGGCAAGAGGAAGUUGGACCACCCUUGAGUUGGAGAGCUUAGGUGAUGACGUGUACAUAUGCAGCUGCUCGACCGCCACGGCCGAGGUUUAAAGUGGAACUAAGGUUGAACCCUGUUUUGCCGCUUAGAACGGCCUGUUGUAAAUAUUUUCUGUAAUAAACUCUGAAAUUUAUAUUUUUGGGAUCCCAGAGUAUAUACUAAACGUUCUAAUGAAACGUUACAUCAUAACCAAAGUGUUUAAAACCCUAAACCGCUAAUCAUACUUAGAUCACGUUUUGGCUAAAUGACUCGAUUAGCGAGUUUAGCACUGUUUACAAGGCACACCGUAACGGUCCCAGGAGUUGGGGCGUUACAACUUGGUAUCAGAGCGAGCCAAGGUUUAUGGUUCCUGAAGACAAGCUGGGCAUGUACACUCAUCACUGAAGAUAGCUUCACUCAAGGAAUGGUAAAUAUUUCUGUAGCUAUGUGUAUAGCUGUUUGAAUAAAAUGUGAAUGCUUUACCUGUACUUUGUAUUAGGGAGCAUGAGAUUCUGAUAGAGCCUGGCUCUUGACUAUAUGAUUAUAUGCUCCAUGGAAAUGUUUAUGAACAUGAUUAUUUGAUUGCCUGCUCCAUGAAUAUAUAAUUAUGUUAUUUACAUGCUGGGGCUUGAGGCAUGGUUGAGUAUUGGAAGAGCAGGGGUUAUGAGUAUGUAUGAAUGCCAUGGGCAUGUUUGCAGCACUACAAGUGGUUUAUGAUUGUGGUGUGGUAAGAUUUAUCCCGUGGGAAAAGCCCUUGAUAUGGUUAUUGUGACUAAUGGAUCAAGUUAUUGACUGCAUAUUGAAUCAACAGGUUUAUAUUCAAGGCAGAUUAUGAGGCCUGAUGAUAGUUAUAUAGGGGCUGGGAGGUACAGCCAGGGUAUCAGUUCUUCGUCUGCAUCUUUGAAUAUUCAGCAGACGCUUACAGAUUUGCAAUUAAGAUUGCAGAGGCAGGAGGAAGAGAUCAGGUACUUGAAACAACAACGGAGUCUGUUGGGGAGUACCUCUUCCUUUGCUAUGCUAGAGGUGACAUCAGUUUCAGCUCAGCCUAGGGUUGAGAAUAGAUGGGAAUUUCUUUGUGGAAGAUUCAUGAGGUUUUAUCCUCCAAUCUUUGAGGGAGGCCUAGAUCCGUUCAGAGCUGAGAAAUGGAUGGGCAUGAUCAGCUCCAUUCUUGAUAGUAUGGUACUGGUAGGUCAUGAUAGAGUGAUCUGUGCUACAUGUGUACUGCGGGAUGAUGCCCGGACAUGGUGGGAGGUAGUAUCCCAGAUACGAGAUACAGCUGUGAUGGACUAGAAAGAAUUUAGGCAGCUGUUUAAUGAGAAGUAUUAUUGUGAUGUAGCUAAGACUGCUAAGAUGAAUGAGUUUCUGAAUCUUGUUCAGGGCAAUGCAUCAAUGACUGAAUAUGCUACUGAAUUUGAUGAGUUGGCCAAGUUUUCCUUAGACAUGGUACCCACAGAUAUGGAACGGAAGAAAAGGUUUAUUCAGGGAUUGAAUCCUGGAAUAGCUCAGGGCAUUAGAGUUGCCCCAGUGUAUGAAGUCUCUACCUAUGCUCAGGUGGUAGAGAAGGCUCUUGCUGUUGAGAGUAUGGUAGUUGGGCAGCAGAGUGCUGGAGAGCAUGGAGCUCAGAUAGUGGUACCUCCACUUAGUGGAGCAAGCAAGAAGAAAAGCUGGAAGACUGAAAUAGUAUGCAACCGGUGCAAGAGGCGGCAUCUGGGAGAAUGCCGAGCAAAAGCAUGUUUCCUAUGUGACAUGGUUGGACAUCUCAAGAAGGAUUGCUCAAGGUUAAAGGAGCUUGAGCAGAUGAGGAUAGACAGCUUGACUCCAGCUCGAAUGUUUACUCCAGAGCAGAUAGAGUCUGGGACUGAGACUAGCUCCUCAGGAGUGGCAGGUCAGUUUUCUAGUUCUGAUAUGUGAAUUAUGCUGUUUGGCUUUGGCGCCAUGUUUUUCUUUUGUUGGUAUGUGUAUAGACAAGGGUAUAUAGAUGGUGUAUAUUGAUCGCAUGGUUAUGUUGUGAUGGGAAAAGUAAUACGGUAUUGGUAACUUAAGAGUUGAGUUGGGUUUUGGAAAGGAUUCAUCGGGGAUUUUGGUAAAGCUGGUUGUGACAGGCUUUGGUUUGAUCCAGGGUUUGGAUUGGUUAAGUAAUUAAAGAACAGUCUUGAAUGGCAAGGAAAGUAUGGUAAUUCUUGAGCUUGAUAGCGAAAAGUCUUGUGACAAUUGGCAUUACGCAUGAAUUCGAUAUGUUUAUGAUAUCGGAUGUGAGGGCUGGAGUUUGUGCAGGGAGGUGCAUGGAACUCUUAGCCAGUGUGGUGGAUACCACUUAGAUUGUGUUAGUGAGAUCAGUACAGACUGGAUUAGUCUGUGGGUUUUUAAAUGUAUUUUCAGGUGAUCUGACAGGCCUUCUUUUUAUUAAAGGAAGAUUAGAAAUGGAAUGGAAUGGAAUGGAAUG